GUGUACAUCCCUCAUUGUACAUUUUUACAUGAAGAUAAGUCGGAACUUGACAGCCAUAGACUGGGCAUAGAUGGGGCUAAUCUACUGUAGUGCUCUCAUUUGGAGUUUACGAAUGGGGAACAUGCCCAGACCAAAGCUACUGCUACUGUUGGCACUGUGUGUUCUCGGAGCAGAGGCAGUAGACAGAAGUAACUUCAAGACAUGUGACCAAAGCAGUUUCUGCAAGCGGCACAGAAAUCUCCAGCCAGGGAUGUCCCCGUACCGUGCACUGAUGGACACCGUCCAGAUGACACCGGAGGGCCUGAGCAUGAAGGUGCUGAACACCAGGAACAAGGUUGAGCUGCAGCUCCACCUAGCAGCUGUCAACAUAAACACAGCCCGGCUCACCAUCGACGAGAUCAACCCCAUCAGAGAGAGGUUCAGGCCAACAGAUGCCCUCAGCAAGGAACCAACCAUCGCAGAGGCCAGUAUACUAGCCCAGGACGACAACAGUGUCACCCUCGGGUUUCUGCAGAACAAGGCUGUGGUGACCUCUGACCCCUUCAGGAUUGACUUCCUGGUGGAUGACGAGCUGGCCAUCAGUGUCAACUCUCGCGGGCUGAUGAAGUUUGAGCAGUACAGGAAACGCAAAAACAAUGAUGAGCCAGCAGAGGGACAGGAGAAUGGAGAAAACCAGGAGGGUGAAAAGCAGGAGGGAGAAGGUGAUGAAGAGAAGCCAGUGGAGGAGGAGGAUGAACCAGGGAUGUGGGAGGAGACAUUCAAGUCUCACCACGACUCCAAACCUUAUGGUCCUAGCUCUGUUGGUCUGGACUUCUCCUUCCCUGGUGUGGAGCAUGUGUAUGGUAUCCCAGAACACGCUGACACCUUCGCUCUCAAGACCACUACGUCCGGAGAGCCCUACCGCCUGUACAACCUGGAUGUGUUCGAGUAUGAGCUUCACAACCCCAUGGCUCUGUACGGCUCCAUACCGGUCAUGAUCGCACACAAUGCUCAGCGGACUGUAGGGCUGUUCUGGAUGAAUGCUGCUGAGACCUGGAUUGACAUCAGUUCAAACACAGCUGGGAAGACUGUGUUUGGGAAAAUGUUGGACUAUGUGAAGGGUGGGAGUGAGAUGCCGCAGACCGACACCCACUGGAUAUCAGAGAGCGGUGUGAUCGACGUGUUCUUCAUGCUGGGACCGAACCCAGGACAAGUCUUCUCACAGUACACAGACCUGACCGGGAAACCAGCCAUGCCUCCUCUGUUUGCCAUUGCCUACCACCAGAGUAGGUGGAACUACAAUGAUGAAGAAGAUGUCAAGAAUGUUGAUGCAGGGUUUGAUGACAAUGACAUUCCAUAUGAUGUCCUCUGGCUAGACAUUGAGCACACUGAUGGUAAAAGGUACAUGACCUGGGACAAGCACAAGUUCCCCACACCUAAAGACAUGCAGGACAGGGUUGCAGCGAAGGGCAGGAAGAUGGUAGUGAUUGUGGACCCACACAUCAAGAGAGAUGACAACUACCACAUCCACAAGGAUGCAAAGGACCAUGGGUACUAUGUCAAAAGCAAGGAUGGAGGGGACUUUGAAGGGUGGUGUUGGCCAGGCUCCUCCAGCUACCUGGACUUCAUCAACCCUACUGUCCGUGACUGGUGGGCCAGCAGGUUUGACCUGGGCACAUUCGAGGGCUCUACCAAGAACCUGUUUAUCUGGAACGACAUGAAUGAGCCUUCAGUAUUCAACGGUCCUGAGAUCACCAUGCACAAGGACGCGGUGCACUACGGCGGCUGGGAACACAGGGAUGUCCACAAUAUCUUCGGCAUGUACCUGCCCAAAUCAACCUACCUUGGCUUGAUGCAAAGGUCCCAUGGAAAGGAGAGGCCUUUUGUCCUGUCAAGAGCCUUCUUUGCUGGCUACCACCGAUAUGGUGCUGUGUGGACAGGUGAUAAUACAGCUGAGUGGGGCCACCUGCAGAUUAGCAUCCCCAUGCUGCUGUCUCUCAGCGUAGCAGGGCAGUCAUUUGUGGGAGCUGAUGUGGGAGGGUUCUUCAAGAAUCCAGACUCGGAGCUGUUGUUAAGAUGGUAUCAGGCUGCAGCAUACCAGCCGUUCUUCCGUGCCCACGCCCAUCUGGACACCCGUCGCCGUGAGCCCUGGCUGUUUGACAAGGAGACGAUGGGCGGGAUACGGGAGGCUAUCCGUGCUCGCUACGCCCUGCUGCCGUACUGGUACACCUUGUUCUACCAGGCAGCAACCCGAGGCAUGCCUGUCAUGAGACCCCUGUGGGUGGAGUUUCCUCAGGACACCAGCACAUUUGCAACAGAAGAUGAGUUCAUGAUAGGUUAUGCUCUGCUGGCUCACCCUGUGACUGAGGCUGGAGCUAGUGGUGUGCAAGUCUACUUCCCAGGGGAGGGACAGGUGUGGUACGAUGUUGAUACCCAUAAAAGACACAAUGGUGGGGUAACUGAGUACAUUCCUGUCACCCUCACAAAGAUUCCAGUGUUCCAGAAAGGUGGCACUAUUGUCGCCAGGAAGGAACGCAUCAGACGGGCCUCAUCUCUUACCAGCCGAGACCCCUACACCUUUACCAUAGCACUGGACAAGCAGGGAACUGCAACUGGUGAGCUGUUUGUGGAUGACGGUCACAGCUUCAAGUACCGAGACAACAACAGGUUCCUGCACAAGAACUAUUUAUUUGAAAACAACAAACUUAUAUCAAGGACUAUGGACAUGAAUGGGGAGUUUGAAACCAAGUCCUGGGUAGAAAGGAUCAUCAUUAUAGGCCUGCCAAAGGCUCCAACUACAGUCACUAUAGAUGGCGUCAGAGAUAUCAUGAUAGACAAGAAGAACCUGGAGUUCCGCUACACGCCCGACACGCAGACUCUGGUGAUCAGGAAACCAGCCGUCAACGUGGCACAGAACUGGAGCAUCACCCUGCAAAACCUGCCGUGCUGCUACAUGGGGGGGGACAGGGGAGAGGGGCUCGGAUCUUACUUAUGUGGCAAUAGAUAAUGAAAAGUCCAUAUAGUUAACCCAGUUCUUGGCAGGCGUGGCGUGGGAUGAGAUACCUUGUGUACUGAAGAUGGACUUCUCAACUCAAUAUAAUAAGGGGUCUUUAAACUUUUUGUUUCUUGUUCAGUGUUCAGAUUAUACCCGUGCUGCCUAUGAGAGAUUGGUAGCAUAACUAAAUCUACCCAUAUAAUGAUUCUAUUAAAAGUCUGAAACAGCAAAUAUCGGGCCUUGUCCAUGACCAAGGCUACUCCUAGUAUACUUAAGGUCCAAAAAUGUCAGUAUUCAUGAAAACAAUGUAUUGAAGUGCCAGGUCCUUUGGUACUGGGAUAUUCCAAUGAUAUAAAGUUUUUAAGAAUUAUUCAUUCCAGAAAAGGCCUAUGCCAAGUUAUCUGCAUUCAAAUGUUAGUACAUUAGCAUUUGGUUGAACAAAGUAGAAGAACUACUGUAUUUGGCACGCAAUGACACUAUUAUCACUAGCUGAUUAUUUGCUCAAAGUUGAGAAUAUAAUGAAAAGACUUAACAUUGUCUUUGGAAAAUGAACUGUACUAGAUGUAUAUUGCUUACUAGUACUAGUAUUCUUGACGAAUUUCUUUAUUAGUAUGAUCAAUGAAUGUAAGAUUAGCUUAUCAAUGGGUGUACAGAGUUGUAUAUGAUUACUACUGGUGAAUAGUUUUGGAAGUACAGUAGGUAGGAACAUUAUCACACUUGUGUUUGUAUUUCAUGAAAUUUGUUUAUUAGGAUUUGCCUUACUCUGCAUUCACAGAGGUGUAUUAGUAUUACUCCAUUUUGUAUGGAUGGAAAUAAUGUACAGUGUUAGGACAGAUCCUCCAUCAAAAGUAAAGUUUUUCACAUAGAUAUGAAAGCAAAAAACACUGAAUAGAUAGCACAACAGUAUAAUGCAUGUGUCAUGGUAUAGUAGUCUGAAGGUAAAACAUUUUUAUUGAUUUGUGGCCUCAAUGCAGUAAGUGUCAAUGUAUGUUACACAUGCACUAAGCAUGCAUGAUCUCUCAUUGACUUGUUAUGUGACAUGCAGAGUAUGGAACGAUUAAAGCCAAACUUUGAUAGAUAA